AUGAAGUUCUCCAACGUUGCCCUCCUCGCCAUCGCCGCCGUCGUCAAGGCUGACAUCGGCUCCGACAUUGGCGCUGUCGUCUCUGACGCCUCUUCUGCCCUUGGCACUGCCGCCUCGGACAUCACCAGCGUUGCCACCAACAUCGGCUCCAGCAUCGCCGGCGGCUCCUCCUCCUCUUCCUCCGCCAGCAGCACUGGCUCCUCCUCCAGCAGCUCUGCCGCCAGCUCUUCUAGCAGCGCCGCCGACUCCACCGCCACCUCCGCCUCCUCGGCCGCCAAGUCGCUCUCCUCCGUGGCCAGCACCCUCGUCUCCUCGGCCUCGUCCGCCUCCGGCUCCGAUGCCACCAGCCUCUCCUCGGCUGCCAGCUCCGCCUCCUCGGCCGCUUCCUCUGCUUCCUCGAACGCUGCUCCCGCUCCCACCGCCAUGGUCGCCAUGGGCGCUCUCUUCGGUGGCGCCGCCGUCAUGGCCAACCUGUAA